UUCUGGUCUUCAAGGGAAGAAGUAGUGUGUUCCAGAGGGUCUUCUCCAUAUAAACUGCCUGUAACCUGUAGUGUGGCUGUUUAUUUUCCAGUGAUCUUUAACUUUGGCUGACUCCGUGAGCUAUUUUUCGAUUAUGCUGAAGUGCUCCGAGCACAUCCUCUUCAUAUAAACAAACCUUCAGGUUACAAGAAUGCUGAAGUAUAAAGCCGGAUUUUAAUCCAACAGACUGCUGCAGUAUUAUUAGACAGAUGACAAAGGACGUGUGAAGUGAGACCUCAACACAGCCCGUUCUUUACCAUCCCUGCCAAAGCAUCUUUAGACGGACAGGAUGAAAGAGAGCUAUUGUGGCUACGAGAACCAGCUCUUCAAAGAGGAGGAACUGCCUGGGGAGGAAGAGGAGAUGCCUCCCUUCAGAGGAAGGAGCCGAGGCGGCUGUGUGAAGUGUCAGCAGGCCUGCUCCCUCCAGCUGGCUGUCAGAGUUCUCUAUGGCUUCUUUGCCUUCAUCAUCAUCACUGUGGCAGUCCUGGGCUCCCUAGUUUUUAGGAAAGUUGACAGCUUAUCCGAAGAGGAAUUGUUAUUUCAUAAAAAUAUUACCAAAGUCCAGGAGAGUGUACAAGAUCUCAGCAUUGCAAGCAACUGCACAGAAUGCUAUCAUUUGGCACACUUCCGUGAUGAGAUCACCAGACUCAAAAGGGAAUUUGAGGACAUCCAGAAGAUGGUCCUGAGCCAAGAGCAGUUACUGGACCAGACCUCACAAUCUCAGAAGACUCUAUCACAGUCUAAUAGCAGGAUGAUGAGAGACGUCCAGGCUUAUGGGAUUUCCAUUAAACAAAUAAACCAGUCUCUUGAGCAGUAUCUAGAUCAGGUAAAUGGCUGGCAGGCUGUCAUCAAUGAGACUGAUCAGGGCAUGAAGUCCCUAAUCCAGGAUCAGUACGAUCUGAAAGGUUCAAUGCAGCAAGUGAACACGACCGUGGCUCUUAGCGCUAUGUGGAUAGAUGCACUUCGGAGGAAGGCAGAAGAAGACACAUUAGUGCUGCAGAAAAUGUCAUCAGAUUGGCAAAACUACAGCAGAACACUAAGCACACUUAAGUCCAACUCCAGUGCCGCCACCCAGACCAUGCGAACCAUCCAGAAUGGCAUCGUCACCACACAUCAGAGGAUCAGCAUGAGCUCGGACAUGGUGCAUGAUCUUACCCUGCAAGUCAUCAACCUUCAGAUGCAGCUAGACAAUGUUUCCUCUUUCAUUGAUGAGCAUGAGGAGAACAUGCACGACCACCAAUACCAUUCCAAAUACUAUGAAAACAGAACCAAGGAAAGGUUUGUGUCAUUGGAUGCGAGAAUGAGUUCCAUCGAGCUGGAGAUAGACACCAUCGCCUCCAGCAUCAAUGCGACAGUCAGUCAUGUUCAGAGCAUGUACAAAUACAUCAACAUGGAGAGUUCGUCUUGCCAGUCCAAGCUAGGCAGCCAUACUGAAAACUUGCAAAAUCUGAACAACACUGUAUUGUUUCUGCUAAACCUCGCCGAUUCCCUAAGAGUGCAGCACAUGCUGCUGAGUGUACGGCUUGACAUUGAUGUGCGCAACCUCUCCAUGGUGAUGGAGGAACUGAAGCUGGUGGACACCAGGCAUUCCCAGCUGAUCCAAAACUUCACAAUAUUAAAAGGUGCGCCCGGUCCACCAGGUGCAAAGGGGAACAGAGGUGAAGCAGGAGCCACAGGACCUGCAGGGCUUACAGGAAUCAAAGGAGACAGGGGACGUCCAGGUAUUCCUGGACCUGUAGGGCCUAAGGGCAUUAUGGGACCUAAAGGAGCUCAAGGAGAACCUGGACCUUCCGGAGGCAGAGGAAGCCAAGGACUAAAAGGAGCCAAAGGGUCUUUAGGACAACCAGGGCCUCGUGGUGAAAAGGGACAGAAGGGUGACAUGGGAGUUGCAGGCAAGGAUGGGUUACCUGGCCCUAAAGGACCUCCAGGAAUCCAAGGACAAUCAGGACUCCCUGGUCUGCAUGGGAUUGCUGGACCUAGAGGAAAGCCUGGUCCUGUGGGUCCACCUGGCCCGCAUGGACCUCCUGGACCUCCAGGGAAUUACACUUGGUGAUGAAACACCAUUUAUACCCCUUUGUUAUUGAAAUCAUUCAAAUCCUUAAACUCAUGGCUGUUGCCUCAUUAACAACCUUGCUGGAAAUUUUCAAUAAUAUCCACUAAGCAUGGACAGUGGGAGUUAACUUUGAACUCGUCAAGAAAGUUUGAUUUGGGGGACACACUAGAGCUUAGGUGACUGAAAACUGAACAGUACCUGAACCAUCACCAGUCAAGGAACUUAAUCUCAAAAUAGCCCUCAUGAAUCCAACUGACAGAUAAUAAUAGCAACUCACUUUAUGCUGAACCUAUAUUCUUCAGACUUUAAUCUGCAUACAUUCACCCAACACCAUGCAGGCCAUGCUGUGACACAUGGUCAGAUCAUUGUGUUUCAGAAUUAAGAGGAACUGCCAAUUAUUUGUUUUUUAUAAUGAAUGAACCCAUCUCAUGAUGACAAAUUUGAAGGCACUUUAAUGUUUGUCUUUCUUUCUUGUCCUUCUAUCCAUUGUUGUAUAUUUUCCAUAGUCUAUCCAGAGCAGGAACUCUGAACAAGAUAUAAGAACAUCAUUUUGUGAAAUUGUAUGAAUCCUGGAUAUUUUCAGUGACAAGUAUUCUAGAAAAAAAAAUAUGCAUUACAGCACACACAUUAAGAAAAGCACAAGGGAAUGGAAAUAUGUAGUUGGCUUUGCAUGUCAUAGUUGCAGCAUCUACUGAACAUAACUAUUGUUGGCUCUUAGUCAUUGAAUAGUGCAUCCUUAGUAUACCGUACAUUGUAGAAUAUAAAUGUUAUUAUGUUUAUACAUCUGGUUUUCCCAUGUACAUACCUGUUAAUCAUUUUUAUAGAAUUCAUGAGGAAAAACGUCCAGUGUUAUCGAAUAUUAUAUUCUUUUGUGCAACAUUGGCCAAAUGUUUUGUUAUAAGAAUUUUAAUUGAGGAAAAAAUAUAUUUUCAUACUAUAUUUGAAAAAACAGCAAGAGUAUUUAGCACCACAAUUGACACACAGUGGUCCUCUGUGCUAUUUCAAGUGUAAUGUGAUACUGAUCAAAGUCUGCUUUUGACUUAGCAAAAAGCUAAGGACCUGAUAGUUUGUUGAGCUCAGUUGCAUCUGUUAAAUCUCACUGAAAUAAUUUUAAAGCCGUACUCAUAGCUCAUAGCUCUCUUCCAAAACUCAUCAAAUCAAAUACUAUUAAAAGCAAACAACCAAAA